AUGUCUCUCGAUGACCCCCUGACAGUCCUCUACAAAGAGGUCAAUGGUAGCAAAAUCACAACAGAUAUAUAUCUCCCGUCCACAUCUUCCGCAUCACCACAGAAAUACCCAGUGGUAAUUGACAUUCAUGGCGGCGCCUUCAUGCUCGGUCAUUCACGCAUGGUCUCCCUCCCCCAGGUGAAAGACUGUCUCGAUCGUGGCUGGAUCGUGCUAGUUCCAAACCACCGGCUAUGUCCGGGAGUGAAUAUCCUCGAGGGACCAAUGCAGGAUAUACGCGAUUUGUUGACCUGGAUCCAUGACGGGCAUUUGAACAAAGUGCUCUGCGGUCAUGAGACAUACAGCGCUGAUAUUGACAAUAUCGCUGCCUUCGGGACAUCGUCUGGCGGGACUCUUGCUUUGGGUCUGGGCUUUAACAUCCCCAGACCAGUAAAAGCAAUCCUGUCCCUCUAUGGCGCAGUCCACUUCACAGACCCAUUCUGGAAAACACCUCUCUCCCAUGUCGCCUCAAAACUCCCUUCAAACCUGGACCCAGCCUUCCUCUCCCAAAUAUACCAGGAAAUCCCAAUCCCAACAGAUAGCUCUGUUUCCCUAGAAGGCCAAUCUGAAGCCAGAGGAAGCAAAGGCCCUGAUUUCUCUCGACCGCGCGACGCUUUCGCUUUCACGCAGAUUGCCAAUGGAACCGUUAUGGACGCUAUCUACCCAGACGGUAAAACUACAGAUCCCGAUAUGGAGCGGAUUGAUCCGGUGAAGAACGUUAGCGCCGAGUUCCCGCCUACGUGGAUUGUGCAUGGACUCGAGGAUACAAUGGUUCCUAUCGGGCUUAGUCGCGAAUUGUAUGGACGGUUGAGGGAGGCUGGGGUGCAGUGUGGGAUGACUGAGGUUCCAGGGGAGGAACAUACUUUUAUGAUGCUUAUGAAGGUUGGGUCGAGGACUUGGUGGUUGCAAAGGGAGGGAUUUGAUUUCUUGGAGGGAAUUAUUGGAAAAGGGCCUCAAACAGCCCUCAACUAG